AUGUCAAUCAUCUCGUCCAUCAACUGCUGCACCGGCAUAACGCCGACCGACUGGUUCGGGGGUCUAUUCAAACAGUGCGACCCUCCGGAAUGUUGUUGUGGCUGCUGUUCGGCGCUGAGGCCGCGAUACAAGCGAUUAGUCGAUAAUGUCUUUCCAUCCAACCCUCAAGAGGGUCUCGUGAAGUCAAAUAUGGAGAAACUGACGUUUUAUGCGCUGUCGUCACCGGAAAAGUUGGACCGAAUCGGCGACUACUUGGCCCGCAAAGUGGCCCGCGAUCUCUCCCGACAUAGAAAUGGUUAUGUGGUGAUAGCGAUGGAGGCGAUGGAUCAGUUGUUGGCCGCCUGUCACGCCCAGACACUCAACCUCUUUGUCGAGAGCUUCCUGAAGAUCGUGCAGCAGUUGCUGGAGAGCCACGAGCCGGACAUGCAGUUGUUGGCCACGCAAUCGUUCGUGAAGUUCGCGCACAUCGAUGAGGACACGCCGUCAUACCAUCGCCGGUACGACUUCUUCGUGUCGAAGUUCUCGAGCCUCUGUCACAACGGGAACGCCGAUCUCGUGGUGCGGAAUACGCUGCGCACCGCCGGACUCAACGGC